UUAAGUAAGAAAUCGAAUGGCAAUGACUGAAAUUCAGAAUUUGGCAUUUAGUGUUUACAUGGCAGUGGGGUUAGAGAGAGGCUAUUGACUGAAAGCAGUGUGAUGUGACGUGAAUGGCAAAAGGCGGGUUGCUGAGCAAAGCAGAGCUGCAGAACAGGAUAUUCCACAUCUACCAGCAGAGGUGGAUCUGGAAGAAAGCCAGAAGUGGUUUGUGAAAGCAACAAUACCUUAGUGGUCUUGCAGAAAGGCAGAAGAAUAAGGAUGUUAUUAACACCAAUGAAGGCUCCUUUGCUGUUUAAUGUUGGGCACUAGAAUAGCAAGAUAAUAAACUUGCACAUGCCACGUCUACUGUGCCUCAUUUGCAGUAAUAAGUAGCUAUUCAGAGCAACUUCCUCAAACUAAAAAUGUUGCAGGAGCUUUCCGUUCAGAUCAUGGGAGCAUUACGAUGAUCCAGCACAACAGUAACUAGGAAAUUAGAGGGAAAUGUCUUCGAAAACAAGGUUGGUUGUGAAAGAAGUAGCUCCUGGGGAUGUUAAUGCGCCAAUAUGCUGCUCUGCUCGCCUCAGCUUAGCGAUCUGGGCCUUCUUGGGAUUCUUUAUCUUAUAUGCACUUCGUGUCAAUUUAAGUGUUGCCCUAGUGGACAUGGUAGAAUCAAAUGCAAGCUUGACCAGAAAUACUUCUUCAAAUGUGUGCAAAGAACAUUCUUCUACCCCAGUUGUUCCUCGUAACACUACGGGGAAAAAGUAUGCAUGGGAUGCAAAUACUCAAGGCUGGAUCCUUGGUUCCUUCUUCUAUGGUUACAUCAUUACACAGGUUCCUGGUGGAUAUCUUGCCCGCCAAUUUGGCGGAAAGAAGCUGUUGGGGUUUGGCAUCCUGGGCACUGCCAUUUUCACCUUGUUCACACCUUUGGCAGCCGAUUUAGGAGUCGGGUACCUCAUAGCUGUCAGAGCUUUGGAAGGCCUGGGUGAGGGUGUCACCUUUCCUGCCAUGCAUGCCAUGUGGUCCUGUUGGGCUCCUCCACUGGAACGCAGUAAACUUCUUAGUAUUUCAUAUGCAGGUGCACAGCUAGGAACUGUUGUGUCUCUUCCGUUGUCUGGCUUGAUCUGUUUUUAUAUGAAUUGGAUUUAUGUGUUCUACAUAUUUGGUGCCCUGGGUGUGCUGUGGUUCAUCUUCUGGAUGUUGAUAGUUAGUGAUACACCAGAAACACACAAGAGAAUUUCCCAUGCAGAAAAGGAAUACAUUCUCUCCUCCCUUACAGAUCAGCUUUCUACUCAGAAAUCCAUCCCUUGGGGAGCCAUACUGACGUCGCUUCCACUCUGGGCUAUCGUCGUAGCACACUUUUCUUAUAACUGGACUUUCUACACACUCCUUACCCUAUUGCCUACUUACAUGAAGGAAAUUCUGAGGUUUGAUGUGCAGGAGAAUGGAUUUUUAUCUGCACUGCCUUAUUUUGGCUGCUGGAUUUGUAUCAUUCUGUCUGGUCAAUUUGCUGAUUAUUUGCGGGAAAAGCAAAACAUGCCCACCGUUUGUGUUCGCAGAACAUUUACUCUGAUAGGAAUGAUUGGACCUGCGGUUUUCCUUGUAGCAGCUGGAUUCAUAGGCUGCGAUUAUGAAAUGGCUGUUGCAUUUGUAACCAUAUCCACAACACUAGGGGGUUUUUCUACAUCAGGAUACAGCAUCAACCACCUCGAUAUUGCACCAUCAUAUGCUGGCAUCCUCCUUGGAAUUACAAAUUCAUUUGGCACUAUCCCAGGAAUGGUGGGACCACUUGUUGCUAAAGGCCUAACUCAUAGUAAUACUGUGGGAGAAUGGCAGACUGUCUUCUAUAUCGCCGCUGCCAUUAACUUAUUUGGAGCCAUCUUCUUUGCAAUAUUCAGCAGCGGAGAAGUUCAAGACUGGGCACUCAAUGGCUACCACUUGCAUAGGAACUGAAGGAACCCUGGGGUUAAACAACGCCACACAUUGCAAUCAUGUGACCUGGAACGCCUUUCACAUGACGUCUGCAAAGCCUAUUGCGACCCUUUCUUGUUGCAGCUGGAAAAUAUUUCACAUUUCAAUAUGCUGAUUCUGUAAGGAGAAUGUGGGAUCCAGUCUUACACAAUCGAUUGGUGUCAGAUACCUGUGACACAUUCUAAUCAAUGUAUCAACUUUUUAAAAAUGUGCCUGAAUUAAAUAUUAGUUGAAGGGGGUGUAACACAGAAAAAGAUGAGAUUUUGUUGGUUAAGGUAAUUUUAGGUAAGUGCUGUUAGAAUUAUUGCUGGUUUUAGCUGUAUUUAUUUAUAUUGUAUGAUUAAUCCAAAAAUUAAUGGAAAUUAAAAACAGGGAAUUACUCUUAAAGUAUGUAUUUGUCAGCAUGUGUCCACUGUGACAGGAAUGGGGAACCUCUAGCUUUCCAGAUGUGGCUGGACUACAACUCCCAUCCUCCCUCACCUUUGGCCGGGGCUGAUGGGACCUGGAGUCCAACAACAUUUGGAGGGCCUACCACUCUGCUCAGGCCUUGCUUUUGAACUUCCCAUAGUCAUCAGGUUGGCCACUGUUGAGAACAGGAUGCUGGGCCUAGAUGGGAAGUAGGCCAAAUCCAGCAGGCUCUUCCUUUCUUCCCUGUGCUAUGUGGUUUCACCAGACCUGUGAAGCACAAACACUGCUAAAUCAUGGAGGAAAAUAAGCCCAAAGUCUUUUACUACAUGGAGAAAUUCAGCAAUGAUGUUGAUUUGAAGGAAUGGUUUUUCUUUCCCCUCCUUUCCCCCCCCCUCACUGUCCUAAUACUCAUUUUGAGCAACAAACCACAAUUAUCCAGGCAGAAUAAGACCAAGUGGCAGCAGGAUCAUACUAAAAGUUGGUGGCAAAAUAUGUACCAAUGCAAUCCUGUGCAUAUAUAGUUAGAAGUCCCCCUGGGGCUUCAGUGGGACAUUCCCAGGUAAGUGAGUACAAGAUUGCAGCCGAAUUGACUAUUAGGUUUCUGAAUGAAUAAACCUGAAGGUUAAACUAACAGUGUGUCUGCGUAGGCUCUCUUCAGGGAUUGGGUGUGCCCAUGUAACUGCUUCAGAAUCCGACAGCCCUCAGCUAGUCGUUGACCUCUGUCAGUUCACAUUGCAGAUAAGGCCUGUGUCAGCUUAUUUUGUCACAUUGAGAUGUAGAAUACUAGUAAGGGGUUGGCCCACGUUGCAUUGCACCUUCUUUUCCAGAGGAUAUCUCCAUAACUUCAUAUUUGAU